AUGGCGUACCCGUACGUGGAGAGCGAGGGCCUGGACCUCUGGACCUACCGGAAACGGACUAACCCGGAGGAAAAUCGGCAGCGUUGGCCUCCUCCCGCUCCACCUCCGAGAUCAGGGAUGGAGUUGGCUACCACACGAGGUGACAGCACUGAGCUACAUAGAGCAAGCAGUGGGGAUAGGGAAUGGUGUGUGUCUACCUCCGAGAUCAAGGAGGAGAGGCUACCACACGAGAGUGACAGCACUGAGAAUCUCCAGGAGCUGAAGAGUCCUCGUCUAGAGCUCCAGAUCUACAGUGAUAUUCCCUUCCAGAUGCUGGAUAACAACAGCGACCUGGGCUCAGAGAAGAUCAGCCACAACCCCUGGAGCCUCCGCUGUCACAGGCAACAGCUCAGCCGCAUGAGAUCAGAGUCCAAGGACAGGAAGCUCUACAGUAUCCCUUUUCUCAGGUUGUUUUACCAACACGAUAAGACAGGAGUCAGGAGUACUGCUGGAAGCUCGGUAGAAUCACAUACAGUCCUAAUGGGUGAAUGUGGAUACAGGAUACACUAUCAUUCUAGGGAUCACCAUCGAACUUCAUGAUGAGGAGUCUUGAAACUGACUGACCGAGUCAACCAAUGAGGGAAAACAUCAGUCUUCCGUGUACACAACCAGAUAAAUCGAAAAGGCCAAAAGGUAUAUUAACAGAGGGGAAAGGUCAAUCACCACCUUCCGGAGACACCUGAAACCCCACC